UGCACAUGCAGUGCAUGGGGCCGCUGGGGCGCAUUUCAUAUACCUACUGGUACGGACCUACAUUGCAAGUGUCCAUUCCAUACUGGUUAGCUGGAGCCUGGAGGAUUUGUCUGGUGGACAUUUGGCUGGGGGAGUACGAGGAAGUGAUAUUUACACAUACGUAGUACCCAGAUUCAAUCCCUCAAAGUGGUCCGUGAUCAAAAGCUUCAUCAACCUUGAAAGCAGCCCUCAAGCGUUGAGAGAACAUAGUAUCUGGGCCUUUCUUCUUUGUUUUGAAGCAUGGGGAUGCCAGCGGAUCCAGUACGUCGGCUAUUCCGCCGUGAUGGGGCGAAUGUCAUGUGUAUUUUCUGUGGGGUUUCUUGGAAUGCUAAGUCUACGGGUGCUCAGCGAAUGAAGGCCCACUUAAAGAAGGAUCCCGACCAGGGCAUCCUCAUAUGCAACACGAUUACUCCGGAGGAGCAGGCAAAGGUCGAGACAUUCCUCUCCGUGCCUCAAGGGUGUGCUGCUACGGCGACCGAGCUUUGGCUAGGCGCACGGUUUGGCGCACUUUUGGCUGAAGGGCAUGAACCAGCUGAUGAAAUGGAGGUAGGGGAGGGUUCUGGGUCGCUGACCCAGGACACAAGUGGGAGAGCCGUGGGAGAGUACCUUCAAGGAACAUAUACUCAGCCCAAUAUCCAAUCUGACCGCCCCUGGAAUGAGAGGACUGCAGUAGGGACAAGCCAAGAAGGUACGCUGGACCAGCUUCCAGAUAAUUCAGAGGGAGGGUCCAUCUUGACCCAUUCAAGUCCUGAAAGCCCAUUUGCUACAACAGUAAAUGUACCAGGCAGCUCGUUGCAAGCAUCCCAAAAGCAUGAUUCCUUCGUCAACGGCUGGAACGUCAGCGGUGUGGGCGGAGGCAUUCACGGCCCUGUCACUGGCGAGUCAAUAUUGCUGCAAAAGCAGUCAGAAGAGGCGUCCAUGUCCCGUGACAGGACUAUCAAUCGUCGACUUGUCUACAACAACUUAAACCCCUUGACCCCAGUCUACCCCUUGACCACGGCCUACACAGAUCAUGAGUGCUUUGAUGGUGCUCCACCAUUUGCGACCCUGUUCCCGCCAGCGACUUUGGAGGAAAACAGCAUCGAAUCUUUCCUUGGGAACGGUGACCAGUUUGCGGGUCCCCAAAGCAUGCACGGUCAAGAGCCUGCCGUCUCCACCGAAGAUCCUGCUGAGAUCAGCGUACAGGCAGACAACACAGGAGCCGGUACAUGUGCUGAUAUUGCUCUUAUUCGGCGGCCCGUUCCGAAGGAUGAAGAGCCGAGACCGUAUUGCAGGGCCGUUACGAAACGGUCUCUAGGACGUCACAUGGGGGUCGAGGGAAGAUGUGACCGCUGUGGAGCCACUCGCCAACUCGGGGGCCUCGUCCAGGUUGUCGCCUCUUUGUUCCUCCUGGUCGAAGAUAACUCCAUCAAGCUUGAGCUUCGAAACCUCCUGUGGGAGCUCACCGCCUGUCAGGUCAGUCUCGGCAACGGGCCACUCUGGUACAGCCGGGACUUCGGCAGGAUCCUGCUCGAUCGACGGGCGGACCCAGACGAAGAAGCCGCUCGCUUGAGUUUUCUUGAGAAAGCCGUCGACGAGAUGUUGACUCUUCUACUUCAGCGGGGCGAAGCCGAUCAAGCCAUCGGCUGGCCGCUCUGCCUACGGGUGCUGGGAGUCGUGGAUGCCCUUCGCGAGCUCCUCAAUUCCGAGUCAGCACCGGACCCCUUGCUGCCGGACAACUCGUCCGCAGGCGGAGACAGCGCAGGGGGUGGAUCCGACGGUCAAGAAUACUUGACGGACGGUUCGCCUUCAGCCGGGGACCAAGCGGGUGGCAGUAACACUGCGCCCCAGCAAUACGCACCGCCUGGCGCAAACCUUUCCGGGAGACGCGUGUCGGCAGGCGGUGCGCAGGGCGGCUCUUCCAAACACAACGAGGCUGGACGCAAAAGUCUGCAAAGCGUUAGCAGCUCGGCUGGCGACGUAGAGGGAGACGGCCCUUCUGAGACGGGAGCAACUAGGGAGGAGGGAGAGGGGUGCGCAAUCGGUGCGCCCCUGGAAGAAGGGGUGGGGAACAACCUGGCUGCGGUGGCAUGGCCCGAAACAGCAGCUGCUGACGUCAGCGCGGACGAUGGGGAGACGUCAGUGGGAGGGUCCGAAACGUCAGCUGCCGACGUCAGCGCGGACGAAGGGGAGACGUCACUGGGAGGGCCUGAAACGUCAGCUGCCGACGUCAGCGCGGAUGAAGGGGAGACGGCAGUGGCAGCGCCCGGUUCGUCAGCUGCUGACGUCAGCGCGGACGAAGGGGAGACGUCAGAGACGGAGACUGAGGACGAGUGGGACUUGCUUGAGGACCUUGACGACAUCAUCCGGCAGCUCGAGAGUGGGGCCGGCACUCCUCCCCGCCUGGAUCCGACGAAACCGAAGGAAUCGACGAAACCGAAGGGAUCGGACACUGGCGACGACUCUGGCGACAAAUCCGUCCGCACAAUCGGAAGCAUACGCAGCAGCGACAUGUUGGUCACAAAGGCAUCCCAAUUGACCGAGACGGAGCGGGAAUGUUGGCGCAAGGACAUGGAAGGUUACGGCUUCAAGUAUUGUCCACCAGGUUCACGCACCAAGUAUCAUAACUACCCGUUCAUGGACGGCAAGGGGAACUAUUACCGGUCGUACGAUGAGGCGUGCGACGAGGCCGACCGAAGACGGGGCCCCGGAGCAAAAAAGGUGCCGAGAGCGGGGGCGUACAAGCAGGUUUCCUGAAGCACCACGUGUCGCCUCAGGCAGAGAUGGCAGCGGCAAUAGCUCAACGUUGUGGAGCGGAGCAGAGUAGCACAACGUCGUGACUUUGUUGGCCCCAGCUUUUGGGCUUCAUGUAGCACUGCAUGGUGGUUGUCAAAUAUAGUUCUUCUUGUAAAUAGUAGCUGGUUGCUGUAUCGGUGUUCGGGAUGAGUUUCAGGCUUGUCUUACAGUAGGUCGACUGUCACAUGAUCUGUACAUAUUGCACUGGACGGUCCGAGUGACUUCUGCGGGUACAUAUUGCAAGUGGUCGAUCAAGGAUCAACUUGUAGGACAAACGCAACUCUGAUCAGGUUCGAGUUAAGUUCGACUUGCGGGAGAUCAUGGCCCGCAUCGGCUGAGGCCAGUACAUAACGAGAUUUCUCCUUGUGGACGUCAA